AUGCCACCCUUGAGAACGGCGUUGCGUUGGAAAACUGGAGACGAGGAAAAAGGCGAUGCGAUUACCGUAUUGGGUCGAGUGUCGGAAGAGACAAGCAAAAAGCCCGAGAAAAUUAUUUCGAGUGCGAGACGGAGAUCGAUUGACCCCGCAUCUGCCAUUCCAAUAGAACAUAGGAGUUUGUCAUUUGAGAUCGAAGACAGCGCCGAACGAAAGCGGCGCGGCAAACUUAGUGAGAAAAGAGAGAAGGCAGUCGAAGAGUGGGAAAAUGCUGAAUGGCAUACCCUCCCCACGGAGGAGGUUCAAAAGCGACUCGGUGUCGAUGCGUCCGCCGGGUUGUCGUCCAACAAGGCUGAAGAAAGGCUCCGAAAAUAUGGAAGAAACAAAAUCUCUCCCUUACCAAAUCCGUGGUUCUGGAAAAUAUUUGGCUACUUCUUCAAGGGAUUCGGAUCUAUUUUACUUGUUGGCGGAAUACUGGUCUUCAUCUCUUGGAAGCCACUAGGAGAACCACCAGCUGUGGCCAAUCUUGCUCUUGGAAUCGUGCUCAUUGCGGUUUUUGUUAUUCAAGCUGCUUUCAAUGGUUGGCAAGACUGGUCUUCUUCGAGGGUAAUGGCAUCGAUCACAGCUAUGUUGCCCGAGUCGUGUAUCCUUCUGCGUGACGCUCGUCGCGUUGAAGUUUCUGCCACCGAUAUUGUGCCCGGAGACGCCGUCUUUAUCAAAGCAGGAAGUAAAAUUCCUGCUGAUCUGAGGUUCAUUGAGGUUUCGCAUGACUUCAGCUUGGACAGAUCUAUUGUGACUGGUGAAUCAAACCCCGUCAAGGGAAGUCCUGAGUCAACCUCGGAUAACUAUCUCGAAACGAGAUGUAUUGGACUGCAGGGAACUCACUGCAUUUCUGGAAACGCGACUGGUCUGGUGGUCGCGACGGGCGACUCGACGGUGUUUGGACGGAUUGCCAAGUUGGCAGGAGAGCCAGCGACUGGUCUGACAACCAUUGAAAAAGAGGUCUUGAGAUUUGUGAUGUUGAUUUUCAUCAUCAUGGUCACUUGGAUUGUCAUCCUUGCGGCCGUUUGGGGCGGAUGGCUUCACAAGGCGCAUCCAGACUAUAUCAACGUCGCAGCGCUGAUCGUCGACUGUGUCAGUGUAGCGAUUGCGUAUAUCCCGGAGGGUUUGCCCAUUGCAGUUACAGCCAGUUUGACAAUAACUGCGAAUUUGAUGAAGAAAAACAAAGUUCUCUGCAAGUCUCUCAAGACAGUGGAAACUCUUGGGUCGGUGUCUGUUAUUUGCACCGAUAAAACAGGAACUCUCACCAUGAACCGUAUGUCAGUCACGGAUCACUCGAGUUAUACAAGCGCGUUCAACGUCGCCCAGACAGACGAACAGACAACAGAAAGCACGAAAGGAUCUGUCAUGCCACAGAUUCGAGCAAUUGCUGCUAUUUGCAACGCGGCAGAGUUUGACAUCGCGUCGGCAAAUUUGCCACUUAUCGACAGGAGUAUAUUCGGAGAUGCCACCGAUCAAGCGAUACUGAGGUUUUCAGAAGGAUUGGGACCAAUUUCUGAGGUCCGCCGGGACUGGAAGAUAUGCUUUGAUCUGGCUUUCGACAGCAAGAAUAAGUUCAUGAUCAAGGCAUUCACAGCUGUGGAUCUGGAGAGUCCCAAAAGAUGGCUUUCUAAAACAGAGACCACGAGCUUUGAUAUGCAAAAUGUUCUUUUGACUGUCAAAGGCGCCCCAGAUAUCUUAAUUGAUAGAUGUACAGAUAUUGUUGGCCCUGAUGGUGAACCAAAGCCUUUCACUGAGGUAACAUGCGCGGCGGUCAAACAACUGAAAGAUCAAUGGUCGUCGGAUGGCAAGCGAGUCAUUCUCCUAGCCAGGAAGGUGAUUUCAAAACCAGUCACUAUAGCUGAUCCUCAAUCUACAGAGUACGAAGUCCAGAUGCUGCGAGAAGCAAAAUGUGGUUUGACACUUGUUGGUCUGAUCGGCAUGAUUGAUCCACCAAGAUCUGAGAUUCCAGACGUUAUGCGCACUCUACGUCGCGCCCACAUCCGGGUAUUUAUGGUCACUGGUGAUUUUGGACUUACUGCUUUGGCAAUCGCUCGCCAAUGCGGCAUCGUCACGACUGAGUCAAUUCACGAUGCAUCAUCACUCAAGCGAUUCCCAAGUCUAAACGAAAAGCAAGAAGAUCCAACCAACUCCGCACUGGCUGUCAGUGGAACUGAUCUCAUGAGUCUCAAUGAGCACCAAUGGGAACAGCUGUGUCAAUACCCUGAAAUAGUCUUUUCCCGCACAACACCAAACCAGAAGAUGCGAAUCGUCCGGGAGUUGCAAGCAAGAGAACAGAUUGUCGCCAUGACCGGUGAUGGUGUCAAUGAUGCUCCGGCUUUGAAAGCUGCAGAUAUUGGAAUUAGUCUCGCCAGCGGCUCUGACAUUGCCAUUGAAGCGGCUGAUAUGGUUCUGCUUGAUUCCUUUGCGGCGAUUGUUGAAGCCGUUCGGUAUGGCCGGGUAGUGUUUGACAACCUGAAGAAGACAAUUGCGUAUCUACUUCCAGCGGGCUCAUUCUCGGAAUUUUGGCCGGUUUUCACCAAUCUCAUUUUUGGUAUCCCUCAAAUUUUGUCUUCAUUUCUGAUGAUUAUCAUUUGCUGUUUCACCGAUUGUGCUGCAGCUGUGGCCCUAGCAUAUGAAACACCAGAAGCAGAUGUUCUCCUUCGCCCGCCCCGUCACCCUACCAAGACUCGGUUGGUUGAUUGGAAGUUAAUGUUUCACUCCUAUGCCUUCAUUGGACUUAUCGAAACCAUUUGCUCUUUUUCCAUGGCCUUUUGGUAUCUCGAGCGAAACGGAAUUCCAUUCUCAGACCUGUGGUUUAAAUUUGGUGAACUCCCUCCAGGCGUGGACGAGGAUUACUACUCUGCCCGUGUAAACGAAGCUAGUUCCAUCUACUUUAUCAACCUUGUUAUUAUGCAAUGGUUCAAUUUGAUGGCGGUGCGUACCCGUCAUCAUUCUAUUUUCCAGCACCCGCCCGCAUUCAAUAAAUUGACUCAAAAUCUCUACCUCUUCCCGGCUAUGGCGUUUGCUCUUGGAAUCGCGGUGAUCUGGCUUUAUAUCCCCAGCUUGCAGGUUGUUCUCAGUACAUCUGGAAUCCCCGCAGAACAUUAUUUCCUUCCGGCAGCUCUUGGUGUCGGGCUUCUGUGUCUGGACGAAGGAAGGAAGGCAGCCGCUCGACGUUGGCCCAAUGGGGCUUUGGCCAAAUUGGCUUGGUAA